AUUCCCAGCCACUCAAAUUUACAUAGACGUUCACUUUAUCCUACCUACCCAUAUCAAGCUUCUCUUCUCUCUCCUCCUCAUAUUCCAAUUUACUAUGGCAAUUUUACCCAAGCAGCCCGGGUAGCUCAAUUGGUUUAGUGGUGGGAAAUUUGGAACAUUGACCAAGGUCGAAACCCGCAGCGACCGUGUGGAGGUUACAACUCCUGCGUGCUGGGCUGGACCUAUGGUGCGCACGUGUAUAAGGCCGACUGAGUCACCGUGACUUACAUCCUUCCAAAAAUCUUGUCGGGUCGGGGUGUGGGGCCUUUGGGGUUGAGGAUUCAACCUUUUGGAACAUUACUAUGGCAAUUUUACCUUACUCUGGAAAACAGCUUUGUUGGGAAGCGGCUUUCUACUUUAUGAAAUCUUACGGAUUUCUUUUCUUCUUUAUGAAAGAAAGGGCAGAAUGGUAAAGCGAUUUUUAUUUUUAUGCUUCCUUAAUUCUUGUUCGGGUCAACUUUUGCAAUUCAAUUUGAAAGAGGGGAGUAAUACUUUUGAAUUUUAUAGUUUUUAUAAUAACAUAAAUAUUUAAGUAAAAUGAGUUCAAUAAAUUUCCAAACUUAAUGAAUCAAAUGCGAAGCAAUUUAAUUUUAUUUUCCUCUACAUUUUUUCUCCUCCCAGAUUUCCCGUAUGUUUUACUCCUCAUUUUUUCCUAGCAUUUUCCAAGUUCCAGACAGACCCUGAGUAUUGUUGUGGUUGUAUUAAAUCACUGAAAUGAAUUGUGUGCUAGUGUGUGUUCACUGACUAUUCCUGUCAAAUGAAAAAGACUACUCGUAUUAAAUUGGCUGUGCUUUCAGUUCAGAGUCUUGCUAUAUCAGUCCUGCCUCAAAUCUAUUUCAUGAAGAUAAUUGUUUUCUUAUUCAAGAACUAAAACCUACCUUUUUAUACAUUUCUCUCUGAUGUAUAGUUCCUAUUUUGUUCAACUUACUACGGAGUAUUAGACAUUUAGACCAUCUUGGCGGUUGGCGCGGAAGAUGCUACUAGUCCUAAGAUGUAGUUAAUCCAAUUAUGUCAUUAAAAUGAUGAAGCUUGCAAUGUUAAUGUACUUUAAUAGUACACCCCUUUAGUGUAUUAUCGAGAAAGUUGUCUUGAAAAACAGCAUAGGUUUAUGCAUGACACACUAAAGUGACAAAAGCUGGUUGCUUUAGAAUAGGGGAGGUGAUUGACGAAGACGUACUUCAUACACGGGUUCCAUUUGUUGCGCGAACACAGCAGUGCUUUGCUGUAAAGGCUGGAGUCGAUGGACUUCUUGAUAUGGCUCGAAGGUCCUUCUGUGAAACUAGUGAAGCCAUUCACAACCUUGCAAAUAAGUACCGUGAAGAUUUUAAACUGCCCAGUUUGAAACUCCCAUUCAAUAACAGGCAAGGCUUUUACUUCAGCAUUCCACAAAAGAGUAUACAGGGAAGACUUCCGAACAAGUUUAUCCAGGUUAUAAAGCAUGGUAACAACAUUCAUUGCUCUAGUGUGGAGCUUGCUUCAUUGAAUGUGCGCAAUAAGUCUGCAACUAAGGAAUGCUACAUUAGGACGGAGGUUUGCUUAGAAGGUAAUAUUGAAGGCUGUAGUCCGUGAGCUAAUGGAUGUUAUACGGCAGGAUGUUUCUGUGCUCACACUUCUUUCUGAAGUCCUAUGCCUUUUAGACAUGGUAGUUAACUCAUUUGCUCAUAUGAUUUCAACAAAACCUGUUGAUCGAUAUAUUAGACCUCAAUUCACAUGUGAUGGUCCAUUAGCAAUUGAUUCUGGCAGGCACCCCAUUCUAGAAAGCAUACACACUGAUUUCAUUCCCAAUAAUAUAUUUCUAUCUGAAGCAUCAAAUAUGGGAAUCGUGAUGGGGCCUAACAUGAGCGGCAAAAGUACAUAUCUUCAGCAAGUAUGUCUCAUUGUCAUUGUUGCUCAAAUUGGAUGCUAUGUACCUGCACGCUUUGCCAAUUUGAGGGUUUUCGAUCGCAUAUUCACACGGAUGGGAACUGCUGACUGUCUUGAGUAUAACUGCAGCACAUUCAUGACUGAGAUGAAAGAGACAGCUUUUAUAGUACAAAACAUCUCUGAAAGAAGUCUUGUUGUGAUGGAUGAGUUGGGGAGAGCGACAUCUUCUUCUGAUGGAUUUGCAAUGGCUUGGAGUUGCUGUGAGCAUUUAUUGGCACUUAAAGCGUAUACUAUAUUUGCUACCCAUAUGGAAAAUCUUUCAGAGCUUGCCACUCUCUACCCAAAUGUGAAAAUUCUUCAUUUUCAUGUUGAGGUGAAAAACAACCGGAUGGAUUUCAAGUUUCAACUGAAAGAUGGAAAAUGUCAUGUGCCACAUUAUGGACUGAUGCUAGCAGGAGUGGCUGGGUUGCCAAGUUCAGUCAUUGAAACUGCCAAAAGAAUCACAUCAACUAUCACACUAAAGAAAACAAAGAGAGCAGAGGUGAAUUGCCAACAAAACAAUGACCUUCAAAUGAUCUACCGUGUUGUGCAACGGCUCAUAUGCUUGAAGUAUUCCAAUCAAAACGAAGAUUCUUUGAGGGAAUCUUUGCAGAAUCUUAAAGAGUGUUAUAUUGGUGGACGUGUUUAGAGUUCAGUUCAACACGUUGUGUCUAGUGUCAUCUGAAAUACUGUAUCAGCAUUGUGACUUUGUUGAGUAUCAAAAACAGAAAAGAACUGAAAAAUAUGCCAAGUCUAUCUUAAUAUAAUAGGAAUCUUGCUCUACAAGUUCCUGCCAAAAAUUACUAUAAUAAGAUUGUAAGGAUCAGUGGCGGAGCAAGAGGUUUGUCCAAGGAGGGGCAAACCAAAGACUAAAAAUUUUAAAGUUCAUGUCCAAAAUAUAAUAAGAACAACAAUAGCGUAA